AUGGCGGCCCGGAGCGCCCCGAGCUGCCACCUGCGGCUCGAGUGGGUGUACGGCUACCGGGGCCACCAGUGCCGCAACAACCUCUACUACACCGCGGCCAAGGAGAUCGUGUACUUCGUGGCGGGGGUCGGCGUGGUGUACAGCCCGCGGGAGCACCGGCAGAAGUUCUACCGCGGCCACAGCGACGACAUCAUCAGCCUUGCAUUACAUCCUGAAAGAGUAUUGGUAGCAACAGGUCAAGUUGGGAAAGAGCCUUAUAUCUGUGUUUGGGAUUCAUACACUGUGCAGACCAUGUCAGUUCUAAAGGAUGUUCAUACACAUGGUAUAGCUUGCUUAGCAUUUGACUUGGAUGGACAGCGCCUGGUUUCAGUUGGACUUGAUUCAAAGAAUGCAGUUUGUGUUUGGGAUUGGAAAAGGGGGAAAAUGUUGUCCAUGGCUCCUGGUCACACAGAUAGAAUAUUUGAUAUUUCUUGGGAUUUGUACCAGCCAAAUAAACUUGUCAGCUGUGGUGUAAAACAUAUCAAGUUCUGGAGUUUAUGUGGAAAUGCUCUGACCCCAAAACGAGGUGUCUUUGGUAAGACGGGUGACCUUCAGACAAUAUUGUGCCUAGCUUGUGCGAGAGAUGAAUUAACAUAUUCUGGUGCACUCAAUGGGGAUAUUUAUGUCUGGAAAGGAAUUAAUCUUAUACGAACAAUACAAGGAGCCCAUAAUGCAGGAAUUUUUAGUAUGAAUGCUUGUGAGGAAGGCUUUGCUACUGGGGGCAGAGAUGGCUGUAUUCGUCUUUGGGAUUUAACUUUUAAACCAAUUACUGUGAUUGAUCUCAGGGAAACAGACCAGGGAUACAAAGGUUUAUCUGUGAGGAGUGUUUGUUGGAGAGGUGACCACAUUCUAGUUGGAACACAGGACAGUGAAAUUUUUGAAAUUGUGGUACAAGAAAGAAAUAAACCUUUCCUAAUUAUGCAAGGACACUGUGAAGGUGAACUUUGGGCGCUUGCUAUUCAUCCGACUAAACCUUUGGCUGUGACUGGAAGUGAUGAUCGAUCAGUCAGGAUAUGGAGCCUAGUAGAUCAUGCAUUGAUAGCAAGGUGUAAUAUGGAAGAACCAAUUCGUUGUGCAGCUGUGAAUGCAGAUGGAAUCCAUCUUGCGCUUGGAAUGAAGGAUGGCUCAUUCACUGUACUUCGAGUGAGAGAUAUGACAGAAGUUGUACAUAUUAAAGAUAGGAAGGAGGCAAUUCAUGAGUUAAAAUAUUCACCUGACGGAACUUACCUUGCUGUUGGAUGCAAUGACAGCUCAGUUGAUAUUUAUGGAGUUGCUCAGCGUUAUAAAAAAGUUGGCGAAUGUGUUGGAUCACUUAGUUUCAUUACUCAUCUGGACUGGUCCUCAGACAGUAGAUAUUUACAGACAAAUGAUGGCAAUGGGAAAAGACUUUUUUAUAGGAUGCCAGGAGGAAAAGAAGUGACAAGUACAGAAGAAACAAAAAGUGUUCGUUGGGCCUCAUGGACAUGUGUUUCAGGCCUUGAAGUAAAUGGAAUUUGGCCCAAAUAUUCAGAUAUUAAUGAUAUAAAUUCAGUAGAUGGAAAUUAUAUUGGCCAAGUUUUAGUUACAGCGGAUGACUAUGGAAUUAUAAAGUUAUUCAGAUAUCCAUGUUUAAGAAAAGGGGCCAAGUUUAGAAAAUAUAUUGGCCAUUCAGCUCAUGUAACUAAUGUCAGAUGGUCACAUGAUUAUCAGUGGGUUAUUUCUAUUGGUGGAGCAGAUCACUCUGUCUUUCAGUGGAAAUUUAUUCCUGAAAGAAAACUAAAGGAUGCUCUUCACAUAGCACCCCAAGAAAGUCUGGCUGACUCCAAUAGUGAUGAAUCAGAUUCAGAUUUGUCUGAUGUUCCAGAACUGGAUUCUGAAAUUGAACAAGAGACACAACUUACCUACCGUCGGCAGGUUUACAAAGAAGAUCUACCUCAGCUUAAAGAACAAUGCAAAGAGAAACAAAAAAAUGCUACAUCUAAAAGAAGAGAGCGGGCUCCAGGAAACAGUAUUCGAUUACACUUUGUUCAUGGUUACAGAGGUUAUGACUGUCGAAGUAAUCUGUUUUAUACUCAAAUUGGUGAAAUUGUGUACCAUGUGGCUGCAGUGGGUGUGAUUUAUAAUCGACAACAGAACACACAACGUUUUUACCUGGGUCAUGAUGAUGAUAUUCUCUGCCUAGCUAUUCAUCCCUUGAAAGACUACGUGGCGACAGGCCAGGUAGGAAGGGAUCCCUCAAUUCACGUAUGGGAUACAGAGACCAUUAAACCAUUGUCGAUAUUAAAGGGCUAUCACCAAUAUGGUGUUUGUGCUGUUGAUUUCUCAGCUGAUGGGAAACGUUUGGCUUCAGUUGGAAUAGAUGAUAGCCACAGUGUUGUGCUGUGGGACUGGAAGAAAGGAGAGAAACUUUCAAUAGCAAGAGGAAGUAAAGAUAAGAUUUUUGUUGUAAAGAUGAACCCCUAUGUGCCUGAUAAACUAAUUACAGCUGGAAUUAAACACAUGAAAUUUUGGCGUAGAGCAGGGGGAGGAUUGAUUGGAAGAAAAGGCUACAUAGGCGCACUGGGAAAAAGUGACACAAUGAUGUGUGCAGUCUACGGAUGGACUGAAGAGAUGGCUUUCUCUGGAACAUCCACAGGAGAUGUGUGUAUCUGGAGAGACAUUUUUCUUGUAAAAACAGUUAAAGCACACGAUGGGCCAGUGUUCAGUAUGCAUGCAUUGGAAAAAGGAUUUGUAACUGGAGGAAAAGAUGGUGUAGUGGCUCUUUGGGAUGACUCCUUUGAACGAUGUCUCAAGACCUAUGCUAUAAAAAGAGCUGCUUUGGCCCCAGGAUCUAAAGGUCUUCUCUUGGAAGAUAAUCCAUCCAUACGUGCCAUAUCAUUAGGACAUGGUCAUAUUUUAGUUGGCACAAAGAAUGGUGAAAUACUAGAAGUGGAUAAAAGUGGCCCAAUAACACUUCUGGUUCAGGGACACAUGGAAGGAGAGGUGUGGGGUUUGGCUACACAUCCUUAUCUGCCCAUCUGUGCUACUGUAAGUGAUGAUAAAACCUUAAGAAUAUGGGAUCUCUCUCCUAGUCACUGUAUGUUGGCUGUCCGGAAGCUGAAAAAGGGUGGAAGGUGUUGCUGUUUUUCUCCUGAUGGCAAAACUUUGGCUGUAGGUCUUAAUGAUGGAAGUUUCUUAAUGGCAAAUGCAGAUACUCUGGAGGAUCUUGUGUCUUUUCACCACAGAAAAGAUGUUAUUUCAGAUAUUCGAUUUUCGCCUGGUUCUGGGAAAUACCUAGCUGUAGCAUCCCAUGAUAGCUUCAUAGAUAUAUACAACGUUAUGAGUAGUAAACGAGUCGGAAUAUGCAAAGGCGCUACCAGUUAUAUAACCCAUAUCGAUUGGGAUAUUAGAGGAAAGCUUUUACAGGUCAAUACUGGUGCUAAAGAACAGUUAUUCUUUGAAGCUCCUAGAGGGAAAAAGCAAACCAUCCCCAGUGUGGAGGUAGAGAAAAUUGCUUGGGCAUCAUGGACAAGUGUUCUUGGUUUAUGCUGUGAGGGGAUUUGGCCAGUGAUUGGAGAAGUCACAGAUGUAACCUCUUCUUGCCUCAGCAGUGACAAAAUGGUCCUCGCUACUGGGGAUGAUUUGGGAUUUGUGAAGUUAUUUAGAUAUCCUACUAAAGGAAAAUUUGGAAAGUUUAAGAGGUAUAUGGCCCAUAGUACACAUGUCACAAAUGUUCGCUGGACUUAUGAUAACAGCAUGUUGGUUACCCUAGGAGGUACAGAUAUGUCUUUAAUGAUAUGGACAAAUGAGAUGGAGGGAUAUCGAGAAAAAAAGACUUGUGAUAGUGAAGAGUCUGACAUAGAUUCUGAAGAAGAUGGGGAUACAGUGUUAGAUAUUGAGAGGCCCCCAGUGAGCAGGGCCCCUCCGCAGCCAGAGAAACUCCAAACAAACAAUGUUGGCAAGAAAAAGAGACCUAUAGAGGACCUUGUGUUGGAGCUUGUUUUUGGUUAUCGAGGAAGAGAUUGUAGGAAUAAUGUUCACUAUUUAAACGAUGGUGAUGAUAUAAUUUAUCAUGCUGCAUCCAUUGGGAUUCUACACAAUGUUGCUACAGGUUCUCAGAGUUUUUAUCAGGAACAUAAUGAUGAUAUUCUGUGCCUCACUGUGAAUCAGCACCCCAAGUUUAUCAACAUAGUGGCAACUGGCCAAGUAGGUGAUUCAGCAGACAUGUCAGCUACAGCUCCUUCUAUCCACAUCUGGGAUGCAAUGAAUAAGCAGACUUUAUCUAUACUAAGAUGCUACCAUCCAAAGGGAGUGUGUUCAGUCAGCUUCAGUGCUACUGGCAAACUAUUGCUAUCUGUGGGACUAGACCCAGAACAUACUAUUACCAUUUGGAGAUGGCAGGAAGGUGCCAAAAUUGCCAGCCGAGCUGGUCACAACCAACGUAUUUUUGUGGCAGAAUUCCGACCAGAUUCAGAUACUCAGUUUGUCUCUGUGGGAGUAAAACAUGUGAAGUUCUGGACCCUAGCAGGAAGGGCUCUUCUUAGCAAAAAAGGGCUCCUGAGCACCCUGCAAGAUGCCCGGAUGCAGACCAUGCUUGCUGUUGCCUUUGGUGCAAAUAACUUGACGUUUACAGGUACCAUCAGUGGUGAUGUCUGUGUGUGGAAAGAUCACAUACUGUGUAGAAUUGUGGCCAGAGCUCACAAUGGGCCUGUGUUUGCCAUGUAUACCACCCUGCGAGAUGGACUUAUUGUGACUGGUGGCAAGGAAAGGCCGUCAAAAGAAGGAGGAGCUGUUAAGCUGUGGGAUCAGGAACUGAGGCGAUGCCGUGCCUUCAGGCUUGAGACAGGACAAGUUACAGAUUGUGUUCGUUCUGUGUGCAGAAGCAAAGGCAAAAUACUAGUUGGGACAAAGAAUGCUGAAAUAAUUGAAGUUGGAGAGAAAAACGCAGCAUGUAAUAUUUUAGUUAAUGGUCAUGUGGAUGGACCGAUCUGGGGGCUGGCAACACAUCCUUCCAGGGAUUUUUUCCUUUCUGCUGCGGAGGAUGGAACAGUGAGACUCUGGGAUAUUGCUGAUAAAAAGAUGUUAAACAAAGUGAAUUUGGGACAUGCUGCUCGUACUGUGUGUUAUAGCCCUGAAGGGGACAUGGUGGCCAUUGGAAUGAAAAAUGGAGAAUUUAUUAUUUUACUAGUGAGCUCUCUAAAAAUAUGGGGAAAGAAGAGAGACAGACGAUGUGCAAUCCAUGACAUCAGAUUUAGUCCAGAUUCCCGGUAUCUGGCAGUGGGCUCUAGCGAGAACUCAGUGGAUUUUUAUGACCUAACACUGGGCCCCACCCUUAACAGAAUCAACUACUGCAAAGAUAUUCCAAGCUUUGUCAUCCAAAUGGACUUCUCUGCAGAUGGCAGGUAUCUCCAGGUCUCCAGUGGCUGCUAUAAACGGCAUGUCUAUGAAGUGCCUUCAGGAAAACAUCUUACAGAUCAUGCUGCUAUUGACAGAAUUACUUGGGCUACAUGGACUAGUACUCUGGGAGAUGAAGUUAUGGGAAUCUGGUCCAGACAUGCAGAGAAAGCCGAUAUCAAUUGUGCCUGUGUAUCUCAUUCGGGAAUCAGCCUUGUAACAGGAGAUGACUUUGGCAUGGUUAAGUUAUUUGACUUCCCGUGUCCAGAAAAAUUUGCAAAACACAAAAGGUUCUUGGGUCAUUCACCCCAUGUGACAAAUAUUCGAUUUACCAGUGCUGAUCGACAUGUUGUUAGUGCUGGAGGGGAUGACUACAGUUUAUUUGUCUGGAAAUGCAUACAUAUGCCUCACUGAGAGAGAGGGGGAUGCUGAGAAGACUAUACAAAUUAACAGCCUUCAGAGACCAGAAUUACAGAGAAGAAAACAAAACAAAACCCUGCAUGGUCAAGUGGUGCUAACCCCAGUUUGUAACAAGAGAAAUGCCCAGAAUCAUCAAAACAGAAGAAUGAUGAGUUCAAAAUGUUUGCUAUAUGCACUGGGUAACUGCCCAUAAUCCAUACACUGCCAGAUAAUUACAUUUCAAGGAAGUACUGAAUACUUAAUGGUAAAAGCCAGCCUUUCCCUGACCCUUACAGAGGAGUGUGCAAUUUUGGCAGACUUGCUGGAAGAGAUUUAAGGUAUAGCACACCUUAAAAAAAAAAAAACCACCCUAGUUGGACAGUUUUCAUCGUCUUUUCUAUUAGCAAAACUGUGUUUCUCCUUAGCAUUUAUAUUUUCUUUUCAAGGCUAUUUAAUCAAAUACACGUAUUAUAAGGAGAGGAAAAACCAUGACACUCUAAAGCAGUGGUUCUCAACAUUCUUAAUGCCGCAGCCCUUUGAUAUAGGUUGAGAACCGCUGCUCUAAAGGAUCAGUUUUUAAAAGGCAAACAUAUUCCCUAAGGAAAGAGACACAAGCUUCCCUGGAGAAUAUGUUUUUUAAGCAUGAAUAAAGUCCUUUUUUUAAACAAAGGACAUGUUUUUCAGGCAGUUUUGAAUUCAGGAAUAGAUCCAAAGUUGUCAGUAUAUGGCUGCUACAUUUUCAUUUUUGAGCUAUGAGCUAUUUUCUGUUCAGAAGCCAUCUUUAUAAUUGACAACUGAAAACAUGAUUGUAGCCUCAUUACUGGGAAAGUAGUAUAAUGUAAACUCAUUUUCAAUGGUGGACAGUUCUGUUAAGGUUUAAACAGCAAUAAAAUAGUAUUUAAUGGGA